AAAGAAUUACAACAGAGUGAAGAGACCCACGCCUCGGAGACGAAUACAAAUACAAUUGAUAGGCCGUAGAGUUUUAAUUAAUCCAUCAACGAAAGGCAGGACUCAGAUCGAUCGACUGGGAAAUGGAUAAGAAAGCAAAAGAAGGCGAAGAAGAAAAGCAAACCGAGGAGGAGGAGGAGGAGGAGGUAGUGGUGGAUUGCAAGACUUGCAAGCGGUGCAGACACAGCUACUCUCCAAAAUCCAAUAACCCUAAUUCAUGUCGAUAUCAUCCUUCUUUCUUCGUGUGUCGUCGUCACGACGAUCAGAAAAGGUACUACGAGUUGGGAGCUGAUGAUCCUCCUUAUGCUGCCAAGUUUUACGAUUGCUGCGGAGCAGAAGACCCGCAAGCAUCUGGAUGUGUUACCAGUUUCCAUAUCUCGUAUGAUGAUAACUAAAACUGGAGAUGUACUAGUUAGUAUGUUAUUCAUCAUGGGUAUGUACGUACAUAAACAACCUUUUCUGCUGAACUGUGGGGAAGUUGGUGUAGGAUUUCUGUGAAAACGUGUCAAGGACAUUAACCCCCUUGCUUUUGUAUGAACUCUCUAUAUUGCAUUUUGAAGGCCGGGGCUGCUGUCCUGUAUCUAA